AUGCAGUUCUCUACCCUUCUUCUCAUGGCCACCUCCGUCAUGGCCUUCCCCCAAGGCCUUGACACCCGCGCCAAGCAAGCAACAUGUAUGUCGGGCAGCUCAAAGGUCACCGACUGGAACGUCAAGGACUUCAAGUACGAGGCCGUCUACACACACAACACACCCAAGAAGGAGACAAACUCUGCCACCAUCACCUUCACCCUCGAGAACCGCGGCGUCGGCUACAAGGGCAAAUGCUCCGCAAAGUCCACCACCGCCAAGAAUGACUUCUUCGACGGCAAGACCGACUACAAGUGCGAGGUCGCCUCCGCCGCAGACUCUGCCACCUUCAGAUACAACCGCAAGUCGGGCGUCAUCUCGGUCCUCCAGCACUGGGGCUGCGUCAAGGAGGGCGGAUGGUACGAGGGCAAGGGCAACACCACCUUUACUCCCCAGUGUAGCGAGAAGAACUGGAAGAACCCUCACUACAAGGAGGGUGUCAACAACUACUCCAGCCGUCGGGUGACCUGCGAGAAGAAGGACCUCAAGGUCCCUGUUCUUGAGCUGCAGGCUGUCCUGUAA